AUGGCAGGAGACACGGAAAGGCAUGUCCAAAGGCCUGCUGGUCCGCCAUCCUGGUCUUCUAUACCAAACAAGUUCCAGAUAUUCCUAGUGUUCUCUGUCCGCUUCGUCGAUUUUUUCCAGCAAGCCGCUCUGCAGGCGUACAUGUUUCACCAACUCAAGUCCUUCAAGCCCGACGCGCCGGACAGCGAGAUCUCCUUCGAGGCCGGCGUGCUGCAGGGUGUCUUCACCGCCGCGCAAGUCUUUACCGGCGUAUUGUGGGGGAGAGUAGCUGAUUCUCCGGCCUUUGGUCGCAAAACCGUGUUGCUGUUCGGGCUGAUAGGACAAGGAAUCAGCUGCAUCGGCGUGGCCUUCUCCAGAAGUUUCGGCGCCGCUGCCGUCUGGCGCUGUUUGGGCGGUGCGGUCAACGCGACAGUGGGCGGGGCGAGAACGACUCUUGCCGAGUGUACCGAGAAGAAGUAUCACUCGAGGACGUUCCUGGUCUUGUCGCUGGCGUGGAACGUGGCAAAUAUCUUUGGCCCGCUGGUCGGCGGCCUCAUGUCGGAUCCCGUGUACAACUACCCGGGCCUGUUCGGGGAGGACUCGACGUUUGGUGGUUCCGAUGGGGUCCCCUGGCUCAACAAGUUCCCCUAUGCCGCGCCAAACUUGUGCUGCGCGUUUGUGCUGUUUGCAGAUGCCGUGCUGAUCUAUCUCAGUCUGCGCGAGACCCUCGCAGCGAAGCGCUUUUCACGAGACCGCGGCAUCGAAAUUGCCGAGAACUUGCGGUAUCGCUUGAACAGGAUCGUGUUCCAGCGCUUUGGGUAUACUGCGAUCGGCCAACAGAUCGAGGGCCCAGACACCCUCGAUGACGAGAACAUGCCAUCGAGCACACCGCUCACGCCGCUGCCGCCAAAAGAAGUCGACAAUAUUAGCAGCUCAUCGAGUUCCAAGGAGCCCCCUCGGCCUUCGGAAGCGUAUCGACUGGCGCCGCCCUUUUAUCACGCACUUACUCCGAACGUGCUCAUGGUUCUUUCGACCGUCGGCAUCAUGGAUUUUCAAAUGGGCGGCUUCGCGCAAUUGUGGACUGUGUUUCUGUCCUCGGCGCGUCGUACUGACGAAGAGCGGGCGACCGUCAGACUGCCGUUCUAUUUCACCGGCGGUCUGCAAUUCUCGCUGCCGACAAUCGGUCUGGCCAUGUCCAUUCUCGGCUUCGUGGGAAUCUUCCUCCAACUCACGCUGUAUCCGUCGGUCAACGCGAGGUUCGGUCUUCUUCGGUCCUUCCGAUGGUCGCUCUUGGUGUUUCCGAUCGCUUACGCCCUCGCGCCGUAUCUGUCUCUCUUGAUCAACCAUAGCGUCGUGCUGUGGUUCGCCAUCGUGAUCGUGGUGUUGCUGCAGGUCGGGGCCCGCACGUUUGCCAUUCCAGGGUCGGUGCUGCUCAUCAACAACUCGAGCCCGGGUCCACAGCUCCUGGGCACAAUUCACGGCAUGGGGGCCGCGACGUCGAGUCUGUUUAGGACAAUUGGUCCUAUUGUCGCGGGCCACUGGUACGGUAGCGGAUUGGAGAUGGGUGUCGUCGGUUGGGCGUGGUGGUGGUUAGCAUUUGUGAGUUUGUUGGGCGUGAUACCUAGCUUGUGGGCGAAGGACGGCAAAUGA